AAUAUGAGUGCACUCACUGCGCUCACUUUCAAAUUCCUUUUUGUGCGACUUUAUGCAUGCGACCACUUUCCCAAUUCCCAGUCAAUGGUGAGAGAUUUCAACGCAGCGCUUCUGUUCACAAGAAUCAAAAGGCAUUCGCUGUGCCCACGCGACUGAGGCUGCCGACGAGGGUAUUCACCGCAGCAUCGGGCGUGAUGCGCAAUGGCCUCUAGCUUAUGGCCUCACGCCGACAGUAAUAGUACCUGCAUUUUUAGCGCUGGGCAUUUCCUCUACGAUCAUCGGCUUCUACCUCGGCACCGGUUACAGCUUGUUUUCCUACAAGGCGAAAGCCUCUCGCCGUGCCGCCGAAGCAUCUGACUCCGAAGACGAAGACGGAGCAGAGGACAUCAUUGACGACGACAAAGUUGCCAUGAAUCGGCUGCGCGCCGGGAUACUGGAAGAAUGCAAGCUCGUACUUGUCGUGCGCACCGAUCUCAAGAUGGACAAGGGCAAGAUCGCCGCGCAAUGUUCGCACGCGACCUUGGCAUGUUACAAGGCAAUGCAGAAGCAGAAUCCGUCUCUCCUGCAGCAUUGGGAGCGCUACGGUCAGACCAAAGUCGCGUUGAAGAUCAGCACCGAAGAAGAAAUGCUUGCUCUGGAGAGACGGGCGAAAAGCGCAGGACUCUGCGCAAGGAGCAUCCUCGACGCUGGCAGGACGCAGAUCGCCGCUGGGUCAAGGACAGUGCUUGGGAUUGGACCAGGACCCGUCAAACUUGUCGACCAAAUUACCGGGCAUCUCAAGCUGCUCUGAACUGCCUUUCAAUAAAACACAUACGAUAAUCGUAUGAACCCUGUAGGAUAGUUAGAUAUCCAUCCAUUCAUUGCAUUUUCACG